UGACCACAGCAGCUGACGAGGGCCUUGUCAAUCACAGGGCGUAAGUGUCAAGAUGUAUCAAUGUUGUAGUAUGUACGAGGCUAGCGUCAAGGGCGGUGUACCCGAGACGGCUGUAUGAAUGGGAGAAAGGGGCAUGCAGUUGAUGGAGAGCAUGAAAAGUCUCCUACUUCCUCAUGUCAGAACAGUGUGUCCCAACCCUUACUCACCAAACCUAGCAUCUAUACAAUAGUGGAAAGAUGUUUGUCCGUCAACUCGUCGUUAGAGUUAUCGCUGCCGCAGUGUUGCUCAAAAUAGUGAGCGUCAUCUGGCACCAAUAUGUCUUUCAGUCUUUCCUCGUCGAACAGCAAAUCACAUUCGGCGAUUUCCCCACCGACUACGCGAAGAAAUUGAACGAAUCGCGGGCAAACAACCAGCAGCCUCAGGAGUCCGACUACUCUUCCACCUACAACGGAACCAAGAUCGCACGUACGAUACACUACAUAUGGUUCGAAAGAAUCUACCCAGGCCAUGAAGGGCCUUCUGGAGGCCCAUCGAUUGGAUUUGGAUCACCGCAACUAUGUCGCGAGCACAACCCAAGCUACGAGAUCCGCAUGUGGAAUGCAACGAGCGCUCGCGAGUUUCUAUCCAAUGAGUACGCCUGGUUUUUACCAACAUAUGACAACUACAAGUACCCUAUUCAGAAGGUCGACGCCUUGAAGUACUUCGCGCUCUAUCACUUUGGUGGUGUAUACAUGGACCUAGAUGUCGCGUGUCGACGCUCGUUGGAUCCUUUGCUUGAUUUUCCGGCCUGGUUUCCGGAAGCAUCGCCUUUGGGUGUCAAUAACGACCUGAUGGCAUCCGCAGCAAAGCAUCCGAUCGUGAAGAGGAUGACAGAGGGUCUGGUGACACACAACUGGAAUCUGCUGUUCCCAUACCUUACAAUCUUCUGGACGACUGGGCCACAGUUCACGAGUACGAUACUGCAAGAAUGGUUCGAGGAAUGUCCCGAUGGAAAAUGUAUGCAGCGCGGGGCCAGAGACGACCUUGACUCAGAUUCCUUCGUCGUCCUACCGCGAGUCUUCUACUCAGAAGAAUACACCUUUUUCGGUCAUAAGCCUGGAGGAUCAUGGCAUGGUGGGGAUGUCGCCGUGGUAUUGUGGUUCGUAGAGCGACCAUGGGCGAUCGCAAGUGUUGCCACGGCCUUUGUUGGAACGAUCUUUGGUAUUAUUCGGUUGAGGAGUAGACGGGCCCGACAAAGAGGGAAGGCAUAUAUUCCACUGGUUUAGAAGAAACACAAUUCCAUAAAUGUUACCUGUAGUACUCUCACUAUGCCUUUGGAGGCGCUUGUGAACAGCGUGUCUGUCGGGGUGCAAUUCGGC